AUGCAGGAAAACUCUCCUUCUGAAUUUAUGCUGGGAGUUUUACAACUCGAUGGAGACAUAACAAUUCAAGAUUUAAAAAGGUGUAUCCCGUUUAGGUGGAGAGAUCCGAAGGAUAGUGGUGAUGCCAUCUGUCAAAAGAUUGUCGAGGUGCUUAUGAUCAACUCAGCUAGUGGACCAGGUCUUUUAUUUCCAAAGGGAGGAUGGGAGGAUGAUGAGACUGUUGAGGAGGCAGCAGAACGAGAAGCUUUAGAAGAAGCUGGUGUGCGAGGGCAGUUAAUGGUGAAAAAUCAGUACUUCUGUUUCAUACACAGUUCUUAA